CUAGGGAGCAGGUCACGUGAGCAGGGGGCGGGGACCGCCCUUGUCUGCCAAAAAAAAGCCAUUUUGAGGGAGAGAGAGAGAAAAAAGCAAUAUAAAUAUAUAUAUUUAUAUCAAUUCAUAUCCAGAUGGGGAUAAAGGAAGAGAAGAGCUAGAGUGAGACAAAGAGAGGAAGGGGGAGACUGAGACACAGCGGCGGGGAGAGGAGGGAAUUUGGAGGAAUAAUCUCACACACACAGUCACACAGACACAUAUAUAUAUAUAUACAUCACACACUCACACUCAGACACACGGCAGGGGAGGCCGCACGAGCAGCAGCAGCAGCAGCAGGGUUUCGUCUUUUUUUCACCGGCAAGAUGCAUCGUACGAUGCGGAUCAAGAUGACGGAGCUCAACCCGCACUUGAUGUGCGCUCUCUGCGGAGGCUACUUCAUCGACGCGGCAACAAUCGUGGAGUGUCUGCAUUCCUUCUGCAAGACCUGUAUCCUACGAUACCUAGAAGCACACAAGUUCUGCCCCAUGUGUGACUCCCAAGUCCAUAAAGGGCGACCCCUCCUCAGUAUCAGGUCAGACAAGACAUUGCAGGACAUUGUGUAUAAACUUGUCCCCGGGCUGUUCAGAGGUGAGAUGAAGAGGCGGCGGGAUUUUUACGCUUCUUACUCGCGUUCAAAGGACCGUUCAAGCACAGAGCAAGGGCAGAACGUAUCGGAGUCCGGAGAAAGUCCAGCGCAGGAGGAGCAGAACAUCAGUCUGUCCAUCCAGUUUUCUGAGGAUACCAGGGAUGAGCUACAAGAUCCUGUGGAAAGUGAAGACUUGGAAAAGAGGAACAGUCUGCGAUUCUUGCGCUGCCCGGCCGCCAUGACGAUCACUCAUCUCGCCAAAUUCUUACGGAACAAGAUGGACGUCCCCAGCAAAUACAAGGUUGAAAUUCUGUACGAGGAGGAGCCGCUGAAGGACUAUUACACACUCAUGGACAUUGCGUAUAUUUACCCGUGGGGACGGACCGGUCCUCUUCCUCUCAAGUAUCGGGUCCAGCCUACCUGCAAGAGGUUGAGGUUUAGCCGCCCACGAAGCCUCCUGGAUCUUAAUCGUGGGACGACAUCCGAGGGGGAUUCCACCAGUGACAAGGCUAGCAGCCCCGCUCCUGUUCCCUCCACAUCAUCCUCUCUCCCCAGCCCUGCGACCCCAUGCCAAGGCUCCCCGAACCCCAACACUGAGCUCCCUCCUCCCUCUGCUCUCCACAAUGGCCAUUCUGCUAGCCGAGGCCGCAAGGUGGGACUCAAUGGAGUUCCUGGACCUCCUCUCACCUGAAAGCCUUGUGCCUCUGCAGGUUUUUAUAUAUAUAUAUGUACAUAGACAAAAGGACUUGGUUAUUUUCUAUGGACAAAACAAGAGUAAUUUAAUCCUGACCAUUACAGAAUUCCUGUUUUUUGUUGUUUUAUAAUUUAUAAAUAAAAGGGGUGCAGAGGCAAGGACCCUUCCUACUUGUCCCCGGACAUAUGGCACAGCUCCAUUUGCUUUUAACAGAGAUCCGUCCCGUGACCCCCUGCUCAUUGGAUUUUCAUUUUGGUGGACAAUUCCCUUCUUCAUACUCAUCUUAACCCUCUUAAUAGUUUGUUCCUCUGAUGUGGGUGGGAUUUUGGGGUGUCUCUUCCUGUGUAUCCAAAAUAAAGUGAUACAAAGUGUUUUAUCCUUUGA